AUGGACAGACUAACCCCCAGAAUCUCCAAAGAUCGCUUUUUUAAUGUUUUUGACGAGGUAUCCUUUGAUAUAGAAGCCCAGCGAGCAAAUUGCCACUCAACAAUGAAUAGCCCACCAAAACCUGCAUGUCAAGAUUGGAGCGAGUCCUUAAUAUCAAAAUCAGCUUUUACUAGAUAUUCAGCAAGCAAUCAAUCAUCUGCCACACUAACUACUGAAUCACAUCCAACCGAUGUAUCAUUACAUCAAUUACCAGUCACGAGUUCAAGGGAUGUUACCUUUUAUCGGCCUUCAGUUAUCAGUUAUAAUGUAGCACAUACUUCAACUACUAGAUCAAGUUAUCGUGAUUCAUCUCGACCUUCAGAUUUUUAUUCCACAUAUUCAUCAUAUCAUCAAGAUAGCAGAUCAGACCGCUUUAGACCGUGGAUGGAAGUGCCGGUCUACCAAGAUCCAAUUACCACAUCACAAAAUGAAUGUCCAUGUUCAAAUUCAUGUUGUGCUCCAACAUAUGAUAGAUAUGAUUAUGAACCUUCAUUUGUAAGGCAUAAGGAUUAUCCCACUAGCCGUGACCCGUAUGAAAGAUACGAAUCGCUAGUAGCUAAAUCAGCGUUCUCGGUUUACAAACCAAAAAGUUACGAUCGGUAUCCUAAGAGACCGGUCCCCAAAUUUCCGGGAAAUUACAGCCAGUAUUCUUCACCAUGCGAAAGCGAACAAGUAUACGCUCGUCCGCAUGGAAACAGAAGGUACGAACCUUAUUCGAGCUGCGAGCCUCUGAGUAUGCGUCUUGGACCAAAAGUUGACAAUUCGCCUCCAAGCAAGUUCAAAAAGCUGCCGUUCUACGACUUCAUAAGCGAGCUGAUGAGACCGAAGAAAUUGGAAGCUUUUUCAGGAUUCUACCAACAAAACGAGUUCCGUUUUAAGCUAAAUGAUAGGGAAUUCAACACCUUCAGCACGACUGAGUAUCAGGUCAACGGAAAGUGGAAGUACAAGAACCAGGUGCUGGUCAGGUUUGCGCUGGAUAAAAAUACUGAGCUGGAAGACAAAUUGCCACCGGGUUUAUCCAUUUCAGUGAACGGAGACGUGGUGCUUGUGAACGAGGUUGUUAAUGAGGACUCUAAAGUUCAGAAACAGGGACCUAUUGAUAUCAGUUUUUCGAUAAAGCUCAAGCCUUACAAAACUAAUAAGAUAGUGAUCGGCUGGACUGAAGAAAGGAGAAGGAAUCAUGAAUUUGUUGUAGGAAUUUAUUUAGCGCGGAAAAAUACCUGCUCUGAUCUGUUCAACCGGGUCCAGGUUUUGAAUCGCAAGGAUUAUGAUUUUGCAAAGAAUGUUGUCUUGGAUAAGCUCAGCGAAGAUGGAGCAGAAAUCGCGAUGACUGAUUUGUGCGUGUCGCUAGUUUGUCCUCUGGGAAUGAUGAGGAUGAAGACGCCUUGUCGUGGUUCUCAGUGCGUGCAUUUGCAGUGCUUCGACUUGUUGAUGUUUUUGCAGAUGAACGAACAUAAAUCGGCUUGGAACUGCCCGAUCUGUAACAAACCUACUCCCUUUGAGGAUAUUGUCAUUGACGGGUACUUUGAUGACAUUUUGAAGUCCAGUAAGCUCAAGCCGGAAACCGAUGAGGUUAAGAUUAGCAGAGAUGGAUCCUGGGAUAAUUUUGUCUCGCGAGAAAAGUCUCGCGAGAACAAGAGGAAGGAAAAGUCUAGAGAGGAAGUUAUUGAUGUUGAAUCAGAUGAUUCUUUUGAUGAUGUUUCGCUUAUUGAUUUGGUUUCUGAUGAAGAAGGUGAAGGAAUCGGUGAUAGGUGUCUUAUGAAUAUUUUUUUACUUCAUAGCUGGAUUUUUCCAAGCACAAUGUAUCACAUAGAAGCUAAUAAAUCAACAAGUAGAACUCAUCAUCGGACCCUCUCAGAUAUUUCUGUCGGAUUAGCUCAAAUGUCAAAUGAACUGUCAGCUAUAAGAAAAACUCUUUUUGCAAAAAAUCUAAAAUUCCAAAAUCUUCCGUUUUAUAAAACUCUGGAAGUAUUGAUCAGACCAAUAGAAUUAUCAUCAUCAAUAAACCCUUCUUACCAGAAACUUCACCUCUGCUUAACCUCUCAAGAAGUUAAUUAUAUUCGUCAGUCUUGCUGUCAAGUAAAUGGAAAAAAUAUUUACAAUGUGAAGGUAUUUGUGCGUUUUGCUAGAAACAACCCCAAUUGGACUCAACCAGACUCUUUUCCAGAAAAUUUGAGAAUUUGGAUAAACAACAACUACUGUAAUCCAUACGCACUUGCUCCGGAGAAGUAUAAGUCGGAGUAUUUUGAUUCACCAUUAGAUAUCACCUCGUUAUUGAAAUUAUCCUUUAUUGAUAUUAAUAAAAUUGAAAUAUUGUGGCAUUCUUCAGCGAGCCCAUUUGCCGUCGCAGUUUAUCUGGUAAAAACAAUGACCAGCCAUGAUCUGUUCAUUAAAUUAUCAGCUAAAGAUGUUCGAAGUGCGGACUAUACUCGAAGCGCGAUCAAGAGCAAGUUUGAAAAAGACAGCGAAAUAAUUCCAACUGCUAUAGAAAUGUCUCUGAUCUGUCCUCUGAGUAUGAAAAGAAUCGUAACUCCCUGUCUCUCUACAAAAUGCAAACAUCUCCAGUGUUUUGACGCUGAUGCCUUUCUGCAAGUGAAUGAGAAAGCUCACAAUUGGAAAUGUCCGAUUUGUGAUUCGUUUGCGGAUUUUGAAAGGUUGGUAAUCGAUGACUUCUUCAGGAAAAUUUUGUCGUCGAAGAAAUUGACCGGUGACGAUAUACGAUUGCUCCAGGAUGGUUCGUGGGAAAACGCUGGCAAAACUAAGACCAUCGAUUUGGAUGCUACUAUUGAUGUUGAGGAUAAUGAUACUAUUCUGAUAGAUGAUUCGGAUGACUCGAUGAUAAUCGAUUCCAUUGAAGAAUUGUUCUUGAAAACAAAAUUGUCUUGUAAUUGCCAUUGUGGUGAACCUGAUAUUGUAAUUAUAAAGAAAGCAGCUUAA